AUGACAAGGGGAAAAUUUUUAUCGGAAGAACUCAGAAAAGCCGUUUUUUCGCACCAUACUUCUGGAAGCAGCCAAUCGGAAAUCAGCCGGAUUCUGAAGAUUCCGAGGACUACUGUAGGAUCCAUCUUGAAGAAAGGACAACCGAUGAUGGACAGAAGAGCUGUUACCAACGGAGCAGCACGAGCAACAACGGAACGAGAGGAUAGACUGAUUAAAAGGGAAGCUAUUCUGAAUCCAUUCAUCACGUCUUUUGAAUUGCGUGAAACCCUACGUGAACUGAACCCCAACCCCUGUUCAGCUCGUACAAUACGUAGUAGGUUGUGUGAUUAUGGAUUGCGAUCAAGAAGAACAGCUAAGAAACCGCUGCUGUCGGAGAAAAACGUCAAAGACCGACUGACGUUCGCGAGGACCUACAAGGCCACAAUAACCAUCUCAAAGAGGUUAAAGAACCAGGUGCUGGCGACCUGUCGAUUAAUCGACGAUACUAACAUAGGCCCAGAGGCCAACCAUCAGGAGGAGGAAGCCAUCCACAUAGUGGAGGAUGUUCUGGAGCGCCUUAGCGCCAUAGUGUCGCCGGACUCAUCGACAGGUGGCUCCGGAACAGACUCCGACUGA